AUGAUAGGUGGCUUGUCGCCGGAGCCAUUCUCAGACCACCUGUUGGGUGCCUUGUCGCUGGUUCCCAGUGUUAAGAUUCGUAAACCAAAGGCGAAGAUUCCAAGCGGUUAUAGAUUCCGUCCGACAGACAUAGAGCUACUAGGGUUUCUAGCCCUAUUUGUUCUCGGAAGUUUACCAUUCUCGUGGUAUCCGAUCAUGGAGAGGAAUCUUUACAGCGGGGACGAGCCAUGGCAGUUAUUUGGGAACUCAGAAGAGAGGGUUCGGUAUUUUAUAACGGCGUUGAAGAAGAAGAAUCCUCGAAAUUCGCGGUACCGGCGGAGCAUCGGAGAUGGGAAGGGCACCUGGAAGGCUCAGGAUAAAGGGAAAGCCAUAUCUAGAUCUGGAAAAAUUAUUGGAUAUAAAAGAAGUUUAAGAUACGAGAACAAAGGAUCCGAACACGAUGGUCAAUGGCUCAUGAAGGAGUAUUAUUUUCCUGAUAAAGUCAGAGAAAACCUUAAUCUUCUGUCGAGAGUACCAGAUAAAGAAGAAUCUCAAAAGUAUUCAUUUUACUUGCAAGUAUUUUUACUUCAGCCUGUGGUUAAAAUUGCUGUAUCAUUGAGGGAUACGGUUCUUUGUCGAAUCAAAAGGAAACAAAAUUGGGACAACACAAAUCAUAAUGAAUCGACAAUAGCAGAAGGCAUUAGAGAUAUCAUCGGCGAUUUCACUCCCAAACUCGAACCUUCUGAGAGUGAUACAACUAGAACUACAUUAACAUUAGCUCUCUCUACAGAUGAUUGA